AUGGGGAGUGGGAGCCGAGUGUUGCCCUGUAGAGCCUCCUCGCUGGCAUUCCUAGUCCCCUCUUUCACUUCCUCAACUCGACUCAGCUUCAAGUCAUUUCUCACCCGCACCUCUCUCUCACCGUCUGCCUCUACACUUCACCCAAUGGCUUCGUCAUCUUCCUCUUCCGUCACCAAUGGUAACAAUAUCAAUCCUCCCGCCCCCUCCUCUUCCAGUGACAGGGCUCCUGCUGCGGCUGCGGCUGCGGCGGCCACUCCUUCCUCUGCUUCCUCUGCUAUCGAUUUUCUCACUCUCUGCCACCGCCUCAAGACGACGAAGAGAGCAGGUUGGGUGCGGAGAGAUGUACAGAAUCCAGAAUCAAUAGCUGAUCAUAUGUACCGAAUGGGAUUAAUGGCUUUAAUUGCUUCUGAUAUCUCUGGAAUUGAUAGAGACAAGUGUGUUAAAAUGGCAAUUGUUCACGAUAUCGCCGAAGCCAUUGUUGGCGAUAUUACCCCAGCAGAUGGUAUUUCUAAGGCUGAGAAGAGUCAAAGAGAGAGGGAAGCCAUGGAUCAUAUGUGCAAAUUACUUGGUGGAGGGUCAAGAGCGAAAGAAAUAGAGGAAUUAUGGAUGGAGUAUGAAGAAAAUUCUUCCUCAGAAGCCAAAAUUGUCAAAGAUUUUGACAAGGUGGAGAUGAUACUUCAAGCCUUAGAAUAUGAAAAUGAACAAGGGGUGGAUUUGGAUGAGUUUUUCCAGUCAACUGCUGGGAAGUUCCAGACGGAUGUAGGCAAAGCUUGGGCCUCAGAAAUAGCAUCAAGAAGAAAGCAACAAUAACUUAUACUUGUAAAGCUUGGUCAAAUAUUUUUGGGCCUUCUGCUAGCUGGUUUUUUUUUCCUUCAUCUGAUUUGUGGCAUGGUUAGUUCCCAAGAGCACAUUGUUCAAUUUCUAAUGCCUCGAACACAUGACAAACUAAUUUUUUUGUACAAUAAUCACAGUUGUGGUUUGGCAUCUCGUUAUUUCCUUUAUUUUUUUUUUUUAGUUUCUCUUGUCCUCUUUUCUGUUUACCCUUUCUCUUAAACAUUGAUUUAUAUGAAAUUUCUUUGAAUACUCUAA